CAACCCAGCCCCCAAACACCCCCUCAUCAAAACCCUAGCUGUCGAUCGAUCGUAUCAUCGAGCCGUUGGCCGGAACCCAAAUCCUUGCCCAAGAUGGCGUUCACGGGGCGGUUGCGCGAGCUGAUGAAGAAGUACGGGAAGGUGGCGCUCGGCGUCCACCUCUCCGUCUCCUUCGCAUCCAUCACCGGCUUCUACGUCGCCAUCAAGAACAACGUCGACGUCGAGUCCGUCUUCGAGAGGGUCGGCCUCUCGUCGGGCGUCUCGGAGAAGGAUCGCGCUGCUGAUACCUCCUCAUCCUCCUCUUCCUCUUUCCCCUCAGGCGACGCGGUCAUCUUGGACGGCGUUGACUCUUCGGCGCCGAGGGAGGAGCAGCAGCAACGGAGAAGGAACAGGACGGCGGAGCUGGCGGCGUCCAGCGGCGGAGCCCUAGCUCUGGCGAUACUCUGCAACAAGGCCCUGUUUCCGGUUCGGGUCCCGAUAACGAUCGCCCUCACGCCGCCGAUAGCCCGGUUCCUGGCGAGGAGGAACCUCCUCAAGAAUCACGUGUGAUAACUCUGCCCAAAUCUGUGAUCCUUUUCACCUUGUGCUUCUUGAUUUGAAAUGCUUUUGGGAAGUAGACAUGCUGAGUUUAUGAAUAGAAAUAAUGGAAAGAUUGCAUUUUGACC